CCGCCCACUGCCGCUCGGUGACGCUCGCCGGUCGCUCCAGCUAGGCGCCCACCACCGACAUGCGCUCGUCCUCGCUGCUUGCCCGCCCAACGGUCGCCCGCCUGCUCACCACCAUGUCGGCCACCACGCUUCCUGGCGACGUCAAGGUGACCGAGCACUUCCUCUCCGUUCCUCUCGACCACAGCAAGCCUGACGGCGGCUCGCUCUCGCUUUUCGUGCGCGAGCUCGUCGCCGCGUCCAAGGCAGCCGACGACCUUCCGUGCCUGCUCUACCUCCAGGGCGGGCCGGGCUUCCCGUCCAAGCGGCCAGCCUUCCCCCCCUCUGGCUGGGACAAGUCGGCUCUCGCAACGCACCGCGUCCUCCUCCUCGACCAGCGCGGGACCGGCCGGUCGACGCCCGUGACCGCCAAGCAGCUGCUCGCGCUGCCGGGCGGCCCGCAGGCGCAGGCCGGCUACCUCGAGCACUUUCGGGCCGACUCCAUCGUCCGCGACUGCGAGGUUGUGCGUGAGGCCCUCUGCGGCGGCAAGAAGCUCAGCCUGCUCGGCCAGUCCUUUGGCGGCUUCUGCAUCCUCACCUACCUCUCCCUCUUCCCCGACGCGAUCGAGCGCGCCCUCUUCACCUUUGGGCUCGCGCCCGUCGGCCGGACUGCCGACGAGGUGUACGCGGCGACGUACAAGCGGAUGGAGGAGCGGAACCGGCGCUUCUACCAGCGCUACCCGCAGGACGUCGAGCUGGUCCGCUCGCUCGUCGCCGGGCUGCACGCCGCGCCCGCU